GUCGGCACCGACAAAUAUUUGGCUUCCCCCUUCCCCCUGGCUGCUGUAAUUUUAAACCGCCAGGAGCCCGAGGCCUAUAUUUAUAGAGAAACGCGUGUCCCGGAGGCCGCUGUGGCCAGCAUCUGCUUGCCUCUGGGAGAAUUUUUAGAAUUCAGAAGGGGAUUCCCCAUUUUAGUUCAUAGUUUUUAAAUUUUUAGAGGUUCAGACCAGGACAGCUGCAGACUACAAACUCCCAGGGAAGGCCAUAUUGUUUCUGGAUUUUUUUGGGAACGCCUUUUGUCUGAGCUGUCCCUGAACUCCAGUUGUCCUGAGUAUCUGAGCCAACUCCAGCUCCUCUCAGCCUCUUGCCACCUGUGAGCCGCCGCGCGGCCCACGCCUCGGAGGGAACCUCUUUUGUCCUGUGGUGAUCCCUAAAAGAAGUCCUCCUGGCGGGGCUCGGGGUGGUGGGGGGCGGGGAGAUGAACGCUGCGGCCAGCAGCUACCCCAUGGCCUCCCUCUAUGUGGGUGACCUGCACUCGGACGUCACCGAGGCCAUGCUGUAUGAAAAGUUCAGUCCUGCCGGGCCUGUGCUGUCCAUCCGGGUCUGCCGCGAUAUGAUCACCCGCCGCUCCCUGGGCUAUGCCUAUGUCAACUUCCAGCAGCCUGCCGAUGGUGAGUUGAAACUGUACCGGGAACAGCAGGGUUAUGCCUUUGUCCACUUCGAGACCCAAGAGGCUGCCGACAAGGCCAUCGAGAAGAUGAAUGGCAUGCUCCUCAAUGACCGCAAAGUGUUUGUGGGCAGGUUUAAGUCUCGAAAAGAGCGGGAAGCUGAGCUUGGGGCCAAAGCCAAGGAAUUCACCAACGUUUACAUCAAGAACUUUGGAGAAGAGAUGGAUGAUGAGGGUCUGAAAGAGCUGUUCAGCCAAUUUGGUAAGACCUUAAGUGUCAAGGUGAUGAGAGAUCCCAAUGGGAAAUCCAAAGGCUUUGGCUUUGUGAGUUACGAAAAACACGAAGAUGCCAAUAAGGCUGUGGAGGAGAUGGACGGAAAGGAAAUCGGUGGGAAGGCCAUCUUCGUGGGCCGCGCACAGAAGAAAGUUGAGCGGCAGGCUGAGUUAAAACGGAAGUUUGAGCAGCUGAAGCAGGAGAGAAUUAGUCGUUAUCAGGGGGUGAACCUUUAUAUUAAGAACUUGGAUGACACCAUCGACGAUGAGAAGUUAAGGAAAGAGUUUUCUCCUUUUGGGUCAAUCACCAGCGCCAAGGUGAUGCUGGAGGAUGGGAGAAGCAAAGGCUUUGGCUUCGUCUGCUUUUCCUCUCCGGAAGAGGCUACCAAAGCUGUCACCGAGAUGAAUGGCCGCAUUGUGGGCUCCAAGCCCCUGUACGUAGCCCUGGCCCAGAGGAAGGAGGAGCGAAAGGCUCACCUGACCAACCAGUACAUGCAGCGGGUGGCAGGCAUGAGAGCACUCCCUGCCAAUGCCAUCCUAAAUCAGUUCCAGCCUGCAGCUGGUGGCUACUUUGUGCCAGCAGUUCCCCAGGCUCAGGGAAGACCUCCUUAUUACACGCCUAACCAGCUGGCACAGAUGAGGCCUAAUCCACGCUGGCAGCAAGGCGGGAGACCCCAAGGCUUCCAAGGAAUGCCAAGUGCUUUACGCCAGUCUGGGCCUCGUCCAGCUCUUCGCCAUCUGGCUCCAACUGGGUCUGAGUGCCCGGACCGCUUGGCUAUGGACUUUGGUGGGGCUGGUGCCGCCCAGCAAGGGCUGACUGACAGCUGCCAGUCUGGAGGUGUGCCCACAUCUGUGCAGAACUUAGCUCCUCGCGCUGCCGUAGCUGCUGCCGCUGCCCCUCGGGCUGUGGUCCCUUACAAAUACGCCUCCAGCGUCCGCAGCCCCCAUCCCGCCAUACAGCCUUUGCAGGCUCCACAGCCUGCAGUCCACGUGCAGGGGCAGGAGCCCCUGACUGCCUCCAUGUUGGCCGCAGCACCCCCACAGGAGCAGAAGCAGAUGCUGGGAGAGCGAUUGUUCCCGCUCAUCCAAACAAUGCACGCUAACCUAGCCGGGAAGAUCACGGGCAUGCUGCUGGAGAUAGACAACUCAGAGCUGCUGCACAUGCUGGAGUCCCCGGAAUCUCUGCGCUCCAAGGUGGAUGAAGCUGUUGCGGUUCUACAGGCUCAUCAUGCCAAGAAGGAAGCUGCCCAGAAGGUGGGCGCUGUUGCUGCUGCUACCUCUUAGACAAGGAGAUUCAGAAGCCAAAUAACCCCUGCUGGAUUUCAGCUCAAGUUUGAAGACUCCCUGACUUGUCCUAUGGACCUCAACAUUAAGAACCACAAAUUACGAAUUAAUAGGUCAUUUUGUAUCAAAAGGUCAAUUAUGAAGCACCUAGAAUUUUUUUCAGUUAUACAAAGAUGUUUUUUGGGUUUUGCCAUAGCCCAGAUAAUGUUAACAUUUUGUUUUUCUAUUGUGGGUUUUGAUUCUCCCCCAGCCAAAAAUUUUUUUUGGUUUUAUUUGAUGUAUCUAAGUCUUAAGUUUCUCAAUAAAGGGGGAGAAAACCCUCCAUAAAA